UUUGUCUGCAACAACGUUGAGCGCUCCCAAUGCUGCAGCCCGGGCUGGACGAUGUCACCAUGGUUCAUCCUGGAUACCAGCUCCCUCUGUAUAAAUAGGCUGCCACCAGCACAGCCCAACUCAUCUGACUGGUUACAGAGCACCAAGUCCUCGUCCACGGCCCAGCAGGAUGAUGGUGUUGCCUAUUGGUGGACUCGUGUUUCCCCUGUUUCUGAGUCUAGUUCUGGGACCCUUUGGUUCUGUUUGGACCAUUGCAGCUGUAGGAGCCUACCAGCUGCAGCCCUGCCAGCUGAUAAACCAGACUGUGUCAGUGGAGAAAGAGGGUUGUCCCAAAUGCCACCCCAUAGAAACGACCAUCUGCAGCGGUCACUGCAUCACCAAGGACCCCGUCAUGAAGACACGUUUCAGCAAUGUGUAUCAGCACGUGUGCACAUACAGGGACUUGUAUCACCGGACGUACGAGCUGCCUGACUGCCCUCUGGGUGUUGAUCCAGUGGUCACCUACCCCGUGGCCCUGAGCUGCUACUGCGGCCAUUGUGCCAUGGACAUUUCUGACUGCACCUAUGAGAGCCUGCAGCCUGACUUCUGCAUGAGCAGCACGCAACACUACUACUAG